CAAGGCAAGGCAGUGUUACUUGUUAACAGAAAGAAGAGCUGAAGAUUGGCACCAGAACACUGAACACAGAAGAAGGGGAAGGAAUUGGCGACCUGUAUUCAAGGAAACGAUGUCAAGUUUUGUGAAUUUGUCUCCUCCACUAUUCGCUAGGACUCAUCGUCUCUCUGUUCCACCUUCGCUUUGCCAAAUCAAGAAUAGCAGCCGAGUGAUGAUGCUACAGGUGAAGUGCUUGACGGAGCCGAGCAGAGAGACGGAAUCUGAAGCUGAGACGACGUCGUCUGCUUCUGCUGCAUCUGGCUCUGCUUCCAGGAGCAUUUCGACAUACAGCUGGUGUGCGGGUCUCGGAGUGAUUGGGUUUCUUGAAACCAGUUACUUGACGUACCUGAAGGUCACCAAUUCCGAUGCCUUUUGCCCGAUUGGCGGGGGCACCUGCGGCAACAUCCUCAACAGCGACUACGCCUCUGUUUUUGGUGUUCCUCUUCCAUUGAUCGGAAUGUUUGCAUAUGGACUAGUUACAAUAUUUGGUAUACAGUUGGCUCAAAACAACUUGCCAUUCAAGAUGGAUGAAAAUGGUGGACGUUUGAUAUUACUUGGAUGCACCACCUCCAUGGCUACUGCCAGUGCAUACUUCUUAUACAUUCUAAGCACAAAAUUUGCAGGAACACCUUGCUCAUACUGUUUGAUGUCAGCUCUGUUGUCAUUCGGCUUGUUUUUUACUACUAUAAAGGAUUUUGGAUUGCAGGAAAUACAAAAAGUGGUGGGUUUACAGUUGUGUUUAGCGGGAUUGGUGGUGGCUAUUUUAGGCACAUCGUAUAAUACUUCUCUAUCUGUCCCUGUAAGCUCUGCUGAGAUUGAUCUGGAACCUUUUACAACUGAGAUUACAACAGAAUCAAGUCCUUUUGCUAUUGCUCUUGCAAGACAUCUACAUUCUGUAGGAGCUAAAAUGUAUGGAGCUUUCUGGUGUUCACAUUGCCUUGAGCAGAAGCAGAUGUUUGGGCGUGAAGCUGCAGAGUUUUUAGACUAUGUGGAAUGCUUCCCUAAUGGAUACAGGAAAGGGGUUAAAAUAGUCAAGGCUUGCGCUGAUGCUCAAAUUGAAGGUUUCCCAACAUGGGUAAUUAACGGGGAGGUUCUUAGUGGGGAGCAGGAAUUGUCAGAGCUUGCAAGUGUAUCUGGAUUCGAACUUGAUGAUGUUGUGCAACAAUGAUGUCCCAAUGGAUAUGGUUCCCCAUAGACAGUAUUAUAGCAGUUCCUAAAUAUGAGUCUCCAAGCUUUCGAACUCGCAUGUCCCAAUGGGUUCAAGAGCCAACAGAAACAAAAAUUGCAAUUAGAAUGUUGAAAUAUGGACGAAAAAAAUGAAUUUAAAAAUUGCAAUGGGUUAAGAAUUUCUCGUGACAAACUGAA